CUUUUUAGUAACUAUGCAAAACAAAGUGAGUAAUAUGCCAAGAUGAAGUCUAGUUUAACUACCUGCUCAGACGGGUCGCAUUAUCGUGGGACGAAGGAAGACUUUAAACAUAGGGACCUAAUAUAGCGGUAUACUUGCAUGUCUCCUUAUGAAAACGCUACGGUAGCAGUCGCGCCAUCUUUAGGCAGCACAAUUCGGAGCCAAUAGCGAGGACUGGGGUCUGCGGAGAUGAAGACAUAUUGGUCUCGCGAAGGGUACUUGAGCGGAUAGGGAGAUAUGCUCGUCGCGGCUUGGCUGGAUACAUGGGGUGCUUACACGAAGACGAGUGUGCUCCAUCGCGAGUUUCGUUAAAGGGGUAUUUAAGACCUGAUGGUCGCCCCUCGUGGGAAGGACGAUCUUCGUUAUUACUGUUCAGUUCACCAGCUUGUCAUUGAGCUUCAUAGAUAGGUAAUACAGCAGCAAACAGGUAGCAGAAUACCUUACGACUUUCGUUAACUGCUAGCUAUCAUGAAGCAGAGCAUCCUGUUCGCGGUGGCUGCGGGCAGCCUCGCAGUCGCCCUUCCUCAACCAGAUCCUCAACCAGACUUUGGUGCCAUCGAGCUCGAAAACGUGACGCUCUCGAAAUUCGAAGCGAGCAGCGACCUGGUGUCGCGGGACGGGGGCCCGUGGAACGGGCCGGUGAUGGACAUCAGCUUCCCGGACCCGACGCUGCUCAUCGACGGCGACACGUGGUGGGCGUACGCGACCUCGAGCGACGGCCACGGCCACAUCCCGCUCGCCAAGUCCACGGACGGCGGCGAGCGCUGGACCUGGACUAAGAAGGACGCCCUGCCCGACGUCGGGCCCUGGGUCGACCCCAAGGAUAGGGGCAUCUGGGCGCCGAGCGUGUUUAAAAACGACGCUGGGAAGUUCGUCAUGUACUUCUCCGGGAAGCGCACGGGCGGGAGCCGGUGCGUGGGGACGGCGAUAGCGGACCGGCCGUACGGCCCGUUCAAAGUGACAGCGCAGCCGCUGCUGUGCGACGACGCGGGCGGGGGGAUCAUCGACCCGGUGCAGUUCGACGACGGGCACAACCGGUGGGUCCUGUGGAAGGUGGACGGGAACUCGCUGGGCGGGCAGACCACGUGCACGGGCCGCCCGCACACCCCCGGGUACAAGCCGACGCCGAUCCGCAUCCAGCGCGUGACGCGCGACGGCCUCACGCUCCAGGGGAACGCCAAGACCAUCCUCGACAACGCCGGCGCCGCGGACGACGGCGUCGUCGAGGGCCCGGCUAUGUGGAAGAGGAGGCCCGGGUCUUAUGUCCUGUUCUUCAGCACGCACUGCUACAGCAGCGACAGCUACGACAUCCAGUACGCGUGGGCCACGAAGCCGGACGGCACCUUCCAGCACCGGCGGACGCUUGCGCGGUCGGGGCUUAAGCAGCCGAUGUACGGGCCGGGCCACAUGGACAUCGCGUCGGACGGGAAGACCAUCGCGUUCCACGGCCGCGACAAGCCGGGGAACAAGAACACCAGGCGCCGCAUGUAUAUCGGCAAGAUCAAGUUCCCCGAGGGGGACUACAGCGAGGGUAUUAAGGUGCUUAACUACCACGGCUAAAGUGGGGAUGGAUAAGAGUUUUGUAUACGUACCUAAUCUAACCAUGUCCUCCUAGAUAGGACUUGAGGUUAACGAUCUUAGAUACACCACAUGUAUCUUAUAUAUAUCUUAUGCGUAAGUAAUACUGUGUUUAAAUGCGACAUAUUACUGCUUAUAUUCAUUAUAUAUUUAAUUUCUUUA